CGCGAGCUGCGCCCCACGCCGCCGCCGCCGCGCCUCGAAGUUUGCCGGCUGACUCGGAAAGUUGCGCUGGUGCUUGAUCGCCGCGUCGCGUCCGACCUCCUGGACUGCCCCAGCUCCCGCCGCUGCCUUCCGCGGAGCCCGGCGCCCGCCGACACCCACAGCCCCGCCUGCCGGGGGCAUGUGAGCCGCGGCCGCCCCAAGAUCCCGGGCGGGCUGCAGCCCCGCGCCUCUGGAGGCAACGCGCGGGCUAGGGGCACGCCCCGGCCCCAGGCAGCCGGGCCGCCAUGGGCAUCCAGGGCAUGGAACUGUGCGCCAUGGCGGUGGUGGUGCUGCUGUUCAUCGCUGUCCUCAAGCAGUUCGGCAUCCUGGAGCCCAUGUCCAUGGAAGACAGCAGCGACAGUGAGCUGGAGCUGUCCACAGUACGUCACCAACCAGAGGGACUGGACCAGCUGCAAGCACAGACCAAAUUCACCAAAAAGGAGCUGCAGUCCCUCUACAGGGGCUUCAAGAAUGAGUGUCCCACAGGCCUGGUGGAUGAAGACACCUUCAAACUCAUUUACUCACAGUUCUUCCCUCAGGGAGAUGCCACCACCUACGCCCACUUCCUCUUCAAUGCCUUCGACGCUGAUGGGAAUGGGGCCAUCCACUUCGAGGACUUUGUGGUCGGCCUCUCUAUCCUUCUUCGGGGAACAGUCCACGAGAAGCUUAAGUGGGCCUUUAACCUCUACGACAUCAACAAGGAUGGUUACAUCACCAAAGAGGAGAUGCUGGCCAUCAUGAAGUCCAUCUAUGACAUGAUGGGCCGCCACACCUACCCCAUCCUGCGGGAGGACGCACCUCUGGAGCAUGUGGAGAGGUUCUUCCAGAAAAUGGACCGAAAUCAGGACGGGGUGGUGACCAUUGAUGAGUUCCUGGAGACCUGUCAGAAGGAUGAGAACAUCAUGAGCUCCAUGCAGCUGUUCGAGAAUGUCAUCUAGGACAUGUGGGGGAUCUCUAAGUGGCAUUGCCACCUCUGGCCCCAAAGAAACCUCAAUCCUGCCAGGAGUAGCCUCCAUGAGAAACUUUUUUCUAAUAUAUUUGCAAAAAGUGAACAGUUUGCUCCAGACACACACACACACCCAUCACCACGACCACCAUCACCACCACUCUGGGCUGGUAGAGGGGAACAGAGUUCAGGGAGGGACUGAGUGGGCUGGGAGCUGGGUCCUGGCGACAAGAGCCCCCCCUUCCACCACUGCUCGUCCAGGCCAGCAGGGCAAGCCUGCCUCUGGGGUGGGGCUGCCAGUGCAAUGUCUGCAGGCCCUGCGGGCAGCACAGUGUCAAGCCCCCUGCCUCUUAAAGGACAGUCCAGUCUACAGAACAAAGGCUCAGCUUGUGAGAGCCCCCGCGCCUCCCCUGCCACCCCCUUUCAGACACAUCUGGGCCAGGUUCUGGGGCCUCUCUGACCGCCUUGUCCCCCCGCUCCGUCAUUCCCUACCCACUGACCACACUCCCAUCAUGCUGGAGGCGCAGUUGGGGGCCAAGGGAGUUUGCAGUAGGAAACAGGUGGAGCUUCCUGGAAAUGUUUCCCUGGGGCCCAGGAUGCCUGCCAUGCCAGGGGGCAGGGCCAGCUCUGGUGGUGUAAGGCCACGGGGCUCCAUGCCCCUCUAGCCCGGGAAGAGCCUCUCAAGUUUGGGGAUUGGGAUUCUUGAUGGGAGGAAAACUAUCUCUCUACCCCCUCCACUGGGAGGGAGGAGCUGUGGCUUGUCCCAGCCUCUCACUCGGUGGGGAUGCAGGGAGUGGGGUUGCACCCCUCAAGCACUAGACUGCUCCCCCCUCCCAAGGCCAUCACAGGUCCUAAGGAAAGGCCAAGGCUGGUUCAGGGACUGGCUGCGUGGAGAGCAGGUGGCAUAGACCUGGGAAGGGGUCCUCCCAUCCCUCGUGCUCUGCGCUCGCUUCCCUUGGCCCAGCAUUUCACUGAGCCUCCCCUCCCAAAACAGCGUGGGCCCCUCUGCAUAGGCUCACCCCAACUCCAGACAAAAAAGCACAAGCUCAGAAUGCAACUCAUGAGGGGCGCCAAGGAACACUGCUGUUUUGAGAUAACGCCAUCUUGGUGGCCCAGCAGUCCCUGUAUGGACAGCCCACAAAGAAUUGGGAGUGCAGUUCUGUACCUCAGAGCAUCGGGGGCUCAAAGCCCAGCCCCAGCCCAGCCCAGCUCACCAACAUUCAAAAGCACAAACCCCGGGGCUCCGCUUAGAUUGGUUCUGCUCUGGGGAUAAAGGCCCGUAUCAGCCUGCAGCCAGGAGCCAGCAGUGAGGGCCCAGGGUCAACAGAGGCCUCCGGGAGGGCCAGAAUGCUGCUCCCUCCACCCAGGCCUCCCCAAGAGGGAACCAGUCCCAGGCAGCACAGGCCCUUCCGAGGAACAUUCCCACAUGAUACAUUCCAUCGUCUGCCACCCGUCUCUGCCCAGGCCCGGCCCGGGGUGAGCAGGGCCCUUGAGGAAAGGCAGGAGGGUGGAGGCCGUGGAGAUGGGCUUGCCUCGGCCAUGGGGACUCUUUGCACUCACCUGGGUCCCCCCAUCGGAGUUGCACUGACACCCCAUCUUCAGUCUGACUUGGGGGUCCCUGUCCCCUCUUUCAGGAGGGCAUCAGCUUUCCCUGGCUCAGGGAUCUUCUCCCCCACUUCCCCGCCCAGCUCUCCCAGCUGGUGUAGCUCGGCUUCUAAGGGGCCAAGGCCAUAGGGAGAUUCUCUGCCAUGUCCUGCCCCCUUGUCCACAGGCCAGACGGGCUGCUUGUCCAACCCGCGGGGGCCCAUCACCCGCCCCGGGACGCAGACUGGCCGCAUGUCUGCAUGGCAGAAGCGUCUCCCUUGCGGCUGGCCUGGGAGGGUGGUUCCUGUUCUCAUCACCCACUGGUAUUCAGUCCUAUAUAUUUUAAUAAAAUAAAGUUGACAAAGAAGAGGGACUCUUGUUGGCUUUG